CUUCCACUUCUACCAGGUGGGUGGAGUGGCCUCCUGCGGACGAAUCAGAUUUCUCCUCGGCCCCAACUUCAAGAAGUGAGCCGCGGGUUCAGGGUCUCAGACGCGCAGGAGACAGCAGCAGCAGCAGCGAGAGGCUUGGGUUAGACCAGAGGCCAGAACCAUGGAAGACCAGCGCGACCUCAUCUCCAACCACGAGCAGCUGCCCAUGCUGGGCCAGCGCCCCGCGGCCCAGGAGAGCAAGUGCAGCCGUGGAGCCCUGUACACAGGCUUUUCUGUCCUGGUGGCUCUGCUCCUGGCUGGUCAAGCCACCACCGCCUACUUCCUGUACCAGCAGCAGGGCCGGCUGGACAAGCUGACGGUCACCUCGCAGAACCUGCAGCUGGAGAGCCUGCGCAUGAAGCUUCCCAAGCCUGCCAAGACUUUGAGCAAGAUGCGGAUAGCCACCCCCAUGCUGAUGCAGGCGCUGCCCAUGGAAGGCCUGAUGCAGGGGCCCAUGCAGAACGCCACCAAGUACGGCAACAGCACACUGGACCAUGUGAUGCACCAGCUCCUGAGGGCUGAUCCCCUGAAGGUGUACCCACAGCUGAAGGGGAGCUUCCCAGAGAACCUGAAAUACCUUAAGAAGACCAUGGAUGGCCUGGACUGGAAGGUCUUUGAGAGCUGGAUGCAUCAGUGGCUUUUGUUUGAAAUGAGCAAGAACUCACCGGAGGAGAAGCUCACUGAAGGUUCACCAAAAGAGCCACUGGACAUGGAGGAUCUGUCGUCCGGGCUGGGCGUGACCAAGCAGGAUCUGGUCCAAGCCAUCAUGUGAGAACAGCAAUCAAGGACACCGGCACCCAGUCAGCCCUGCAUGGCCAGAACUUCCUUGCUCCCUUCUGUCCCCCAACCCUAGCCCCAUAUUCCUCCCCUUAUAUGCCCUGCCCCCACCGUCUCCCACCCUGCACCUCAUUCCAUGAGACACUGGUGCCUGGUUCUCCAUCAUCUCUGGACACAACAAAUCACAUCAAGAGCACAGACUAAUGAUAUAGGAGGGCCCUGCUGCCCAAGUCCCCAUCCACCAACAGGGACACAAGGCCCAAGGAGGUGGACCAUGAGCUAGGCUGACUCCCAUUUCUGACACCACAGCAGCCCGCAACCUGGAGUUUCAAGCCCUAGGCCCAUGAACGAGGAGAGCCGGUGCAGGCAGAGGAGACGACGUUCCUCCCCUUCCGGCUUUAGCCUUGGCUUCCCAGCCUAUGUAACUGGGGGCACAAGCCACCCUUUCCCUCUCCCCUAAAGAGCCAGCCUUUCCACCACAACCCCUUCUCACUCUCUGCCAAAGCCCAGUUCCCUUUGCGCAGCAAGCUUGUCAUCAGCCCUUAGGAACAUGGCUUCUGUAAGAAUAAAAUGUAGUAAGUAGAACA